CUGCCCAGCCAGCCUCGAGCUAAGCUCUCUACCCAACUUCCCCCCUCCCUGCCUCACCCCCACUUAGUCUCCCAGGGAGGCCUCGGUGCCCAGCAGCAUCACAGCCACCAGAGGGAAGCAGGAAGACAUGCAAGUGGAGGCAGUGAGCUCAACCAGUGGAUAGCUGGGAGCUGAGAGCCUGCCAAGCAGCGCCUUUAGGGUCCAAUGGCCCAGCCCCUCUAGGGGAGGAGAAAGGGGCUGGGCCACCCAUGAGAGGCCUACCUCGGCAGUUAGUGCGGCUGGGCCAGGCCUGCUACGCAGACUCAGGACUCAGGACGAGACACCAGGAAGACCCGGGCUAGAAUGGACCGUCCGGCAUACCAAAUGUCACUGGGGGACACCUGGAGCAGGAAAGUGCACCCUGACAUAGAGGGUGAGAGAUGCAUGCCGUCCUUCAAUGUGGAACAGCUCACCAACAUCCUUGAUGGAGGUGCCCAGAACACUGCACUCCGGAGGAAAGUUGAAAGCAUCAUCCACAGUGACCCAGAGCUUAGCCUGGAGGAUAAUUAUUUCAUGACCCAGAAUGAACGUUAUGAAGCCGCCUUUAAGAAGACAUUCCACAUCCAGAUGUUGGCACAGCGCCUAGGCUGGUCACAAGACAGUCACGAAUUACAUUAUGCUCAAAGAAGUCUUUCUGGAGAUCUGGCCUUAGGUAUACACAAAGUCUUCCAGAAAACCCUCAGGAGCCUGGGAUCAGAGGAACAGAUUGCCAAGUGGGACCCGCUCUGCGCCAAGUUCCAGAUCCUUGGAACAUAUGCCCAGACAGAACUGGGGCACGGGACCUAUCUUCAGGGCCUGGAGACUGAAGCCACCUACGAUGCAGCCACCCAGGAGUUUGUGGUCCACAGCCCCACAAUAACUGCCAUUAAAUGGUGGCCUGGGGACCUGGGACGGUCAGCCACCCAUGCUCUGGUCCAGGCCCAGCUCAUCUGCUCAGGAGCCCGGAAGGGCAUGCAUGCCUUCAUUGUGCCCAUCAGGAGCCUUGAGGACCACAGCCCUCUGCCAGGAAUCACUGUUGGAGACAUUGGGCCCAAGAUGGACUUUGACCACGUGGAUAAUGGUUUCCUGAAACUGGACCACGUGCGGGUUCCCAGGGAGAACAUGCUGAGUCGCUUUGCACAGGUCUUGCCAGAUGGCACCUACAUCAAGCUCGGGACAGAAAAGAGCAACUACUUCAGCAUGGUGGUGGUGCGAGUGGAGGUGCUGAUGGUCGAGGUGCUACCACUGCUGCAGAAGGCUUGUAUCAUCGCCAUCCGCUACUCGGUCAUUCGCCGCCAAUGCCAGCUCCGGCCCAGCAAUCCAGAAGCCAAAAUCCUGGACUACCAGACGCAGCAGCAAAAACUCUUCCCUCAGCUGGCCAUGGCCUAUGCAUUCCAUUUCGUGGCAAAGAGCCUCCAGGCAUUCUUGCAUCGCUCCUACAGUUCCAUUUUGGGCCGAGACUUCAGCCUUCUGCCUGAGCUUCAUGCACUGAGCGCAGGUAUGAAGGCCAUGGUGUCGGAUUUCUGCACCCAGGGGGCUGAGGUGUGCCGCAGGGCCUGCGGUGGUCACGGCUAUUCGAUGUUGAGCGGCCUGCCCUCCCUGGUCAGCAAAGUGACAGCCUCCUGCACUUAUGAGGGUGAGAACACUGUGCUCUACCUGCAGAUGGCCAGGUUUCUGGUGAAGAACUACCUGCAGGCUCAGGAGUCUGCAGGCUCCACAUCACAGAGGUCUAUCCCUGAGUCUGUUGCAUACCUGAUUGCACCUGACCUGGCUAGGUGCCCAGCCCAAAUGGCAGCUGACUUCCUCCACCCAGAGCUCUACACCACGGCCUGGGCACACGUGGCAGUCAGGCUCAUAAAGGACUCAGUGCAUCAUUUACAGACUCUGAUGCAAUCCGGGGUUGACAGGCAGGAGGCAUGGAACCAGACCACCCUCAGACAUCUGCAGGCUGCUAAGGCACACUGCUACUAUGUCACUGUGAAGAUUUUUACAGAAGCUCUGGAGACAUUGGAAAGUGAACCAGCAAUUAAGCAGGUGCUCAAACGCCUCUGUGAUCUCUAUGCCUUACACGGCAUACUGACCAACACGGGUGACUUUCUCCACGAUGGCUUCCUAUCUGGUGCCCAAAUAGAUGUGGUGAGAACAGCCUACCUGGACCUGCUCCUCCUCAUUCGAAAGGAUGCUGUCUUGUUAACUGAUGCUUUCGACUUCACUGAUCAGUGUUUAAAUUCAGCACUUGGCUGUUAUGACGGAAAUGCCUAUGAACGUCUGUUCCAGUGGGCUCAGAAGUCACCAACCAAUACUCAGAGGAACCCUGCCUAUGAGAAAUAUAUAAGACCACUAUUACAAAGUUGGAGAUCCAAGCUAUGAAAUAAUCAACAGGAUUCAAGAGGCACCACCAUGUGGUAACAGUACUAUGGCAUAUGCAUCAUUAAAAUUUACAACUACAUACGUAUUUUUUAAAGAGUCAUUAUCUUUUAGAGACACAGCCUGAAGUGGAGGAAAUAUGUGAUUUAAUUCAAAAUAAUCCAUGGGGAAGAAAAGGGGGAGUAAAUCAUUGCUGAAGCUGUUCAAUGUUUACACAGUUCUACUUCCAAAUAUUUUUGAAAUUUACCACAAUAAAAAAACAGUAGCACUA